UAUUAAUUAAUGGAAACUAAAUGUAAAAGAAAUGGUUGUAAGAAACCUUAUAAUGAAAAUCAAAAUAAUGAUUAAGCAUGUAAACAUCAUCCUGGAAAACCAAUCUUUUCUGAUCUCAAAAAAGGAUGGACAUGUUGUAAUAAAAUUGUAUAUGACUGGGAUGAAUUUAUGAAAAUUGAACCAUGUGCUCUAGGUAGACAUACUAAUGUUGAAGUUACUGAAGGUGGAGAGUUUUAUUAAUCAAAGACUGUUUAAAAUGCAUAAAAAGGUAAUUAUUUAUUUUCUAGAAUAUUAGGAAUUGAUAACUUUGCCAAUAAUGCUCCCCAACCUGUAAGAAAAAUAGAUGAUUAUAAUAAAGAAGAAGCUGAAAAGAAAAAACUUUAGGAAUAAUAAUAAGGUUUUAUUUUCUGAUUAUUUGGAAUUUUAGCUAAAGUAGAAAAAUAAAUAUUUGUUACUCCAACAGGAAAAUAUAAGUGUACAAAUAAAGGAUGUCUAAAAGAAUAUGAUCCAAAAGAAAAUAGUGAAUGUUUUUAUCAUCCAGGAGAGCCUUGUUUUCAUGAUUUGAAAAAAUUUUGGACUUGUUGCAAAGUAGUGUGUUUUAAUUAUAUAAAAAGGUAGAAAAAUAUGAUUGGGAUGAAUUUAUGAAAAUACCAACAUGUGCUAAAGGUUCACACACACCAAAAGUAGUUUGAAAAUGAAUUAUAAAUUAUCAUCAAUACAUUUUUAAAUUUUUUAAUAUUAAG